CCCGUCUUCUCGAUCCCCUCCUCCCCUCCAUGCUCAAGACCUCACCUUGGAAUGGGGACCCUCAUCGGAAAAAGAAAUGGAAGCCCUCCAUUUUUACACCAAGGGGGUGGAUAAUCUCCUCCUCCCCCGCCUUGUAUAAAAGGGCCUCCUCCUCGGCCUAACUCCUCCAGUCCAGAGCAACACUUGUUGCCAACACAGGCACCACCAGCUCUGCUCUGCUCUGCCUGCCUCUUGAACCAAAACAGAGCAUCCAAGAGGAGGCGGUGGCAGAGGUAGAAGAAGAAGAAGAUGGCGCUCCUCCUCUUGGUGCUGGUCGGCGUUGUGGUCGGCGUGGUGGUGGCGAGCAGCCUGCUGCUGAGGUGGAACGAGGUGAGGUAUGGCAACGGCCGGAGGAAGGAGGGCCGCUUGCCGCCGGGGACAAUGGGGUGGCCGCUCUUCGGGGAGACCACCGAGUUCCUCAAGCAAGGGCCAUCCUUCAUGAAGCAGAGGAGGCUCAGGUACGGGCGGCUGUUCCGGACGCACAUCCUGGGCUGCCCAACGGUGGUGUGCAUGGACCCGGAGCUCAACCGCCGGAUGCUGCUCCAGGGCGAGGCCGGCGGCCUCGUCCCGGGCUACCCGCAGUCCAUGCUCGACAUCCUCGGCCGCAACAACAUCGCCGCCGUGCACGGCCCGCUCCACCGCGUCAUGCGCGGCGCCAUGCUCGGCCUCGUCCGUCCCGCCAUGCUCCGCACCAGCCUUCUCCCCAAGAUCGACGCCUUCAUGCGCGACCACCUCAGCGGCUGGGCCGGCAGCGUCGUCGACGUCCAGGCCAAGACCAAGGAGAUGGCCUUGCUGUCCGCACUCAGACAGAUCGCCGGCAUAACCGCAGGCCCUCUCUCUGACGCCCUCAAGACGGAGCUAUGCACCCUUGUGCUCGGCACCAUUUCCUUGCCAAUCAAUCUCCCCGGAACCAGCUACUACCAAGGCUUCCAGGCUAGGAAGAAGCUUGUGUCCAUGCUAGAGCAGAUGAUCGCCGAGCGGCGGUGCUCUGGUGAAGUGCAUGAUGACAUGCUGGAUGCUCUCUUGAGAAGCGGCAAUGAUGGGACCAGAGAGAAGCUCACUGAUGAGCAGAUCAUUGACUUGCUCAUCGCGCUCAUUUACUCUGGGUAUGAGACCAUGUCGACGACCUCGAUGAUGGCCGUCAAGUACCUGUCAGAUCACCCGCAAGCUCUCGAAGAACUCAGGAGAGAGCAUCUUGAUAUCAGAAAGGGGAAAUCGCCAGAGGAAGCCAUCAGCUACGAAGAUUUUAAGUCCAUGGCCUUCACUCGAGCUGUAAGUAGAAUUAAAAGUAUAACAAUAGAGGAUAAAGUCAGACUAGGAAUUUGGUAUGAACAAGAUCAUGAUGAACUGAUGGAUACAUCUGUGCAGGUCAUUUUUGAGACACUAAGAUUAGCUACAGUUGUGAAUGGGCUGCUGAGGAAAACUACUAAGGAUGUAGAAAUGAAUGGGUAUGUCAUUCCAAAAGGGUGGAGAAUCUAUGUUUACACGAGGGAGAUAAACUACGAUCCAUUCAUGUAUCCUGACCCAAUGACUUUCAAUCCGUGGAGGUGGCUGGAGAAGAACAUGGAAUCGCACCCGCACUUCAUGUUGUUCGGAGGAGGCGGCCGGAUGUGCCCCGGGAAGGAGGUGGGCACGGCGGAGAUCGCGACUUUCCUCCACUAUUUCGUGACCCGAUACAGAUGGGAGGAAGAAGGCAAGAACACCAUCUUGAAAUUCCCCCGUGUGGAAGCUCCCAACGGGCUACAUAUCCGGGUUCAUGAUUACUGAUCUUGCAACAUACAUUUUGCAGAGUUUAGGUAGAUAUGGCCCUGACUGAGGCGACGAGAGUGCAAUUCUGCGCCGAUGGAAAUAUUAGAUCAGCCUUGUAAGAAAUAGGAAACAUAGAUAUAGUGUAGGUAUUAUAGGUUUAGGAGGCAACUGAUGUAGAAGGCCACAAGAGGCAACAAUGUUCUUCUUUGUGAUCAAUUACAUAUGCAUGAUAAGCAGCACUAAACGUGUGUGAUA